AUGACGCGGCGCAUCCAGUGCGGAGGCUCCAGCCUCGAGAUCGACCCGCUGACCGGCGAGCUCUCCUUCGAGGACUUCCUGAACACGGCAGAGCCGCCCGAGCAGGACCCGAUGCCCGUCCCGAAGAUCGACGUCGGAGGAUCGCUGGAGAUACUUAACAGCCCGAUUGUCGAGGCUAUCUUCGGCGACGUCCUUGAUAAGCUAGAUCUUUUCAAGAAAGAUGUCGACGCGUUCAUUGCGAUGCUCAAGCAGAAGACGAAGAACGCGAUCAAUUGGGGGUUAGCGUUAGUCGGCGUGACGACUGUCUCGGGCCUCAUGGUCGUCAUGGUGAGAGAGAUCACCAUGGCCAUCAAGCGCUGGCAGCGAACGAGAGAGUAUCAGGACAGUCAGCAGCCAGAAGCCCAGCCGAAGAUGAUCUCCAAGGAGAACAUGGAGAAGAAGGACGAGAUCAGCGAGAUUAGCGGCGAAGAUGUGGAACCGCCGAGUCUCGGGGAGUACGAGGAGCAGGUGUAUGACGAGAACGGCAACGCCAUGUUGAAUCCUGACGGCUCGCCGUUGACAAAGACAGUCGUUAUCCCCCUCGAUCGGGACAUCUCCGACCAGUACGACCCAAUUCCCGAACCCGAUGACAUCUCAGAAGAGGAAGAGGAGAUAGAAGAGGACGAAGUGGAAGAGGAGCCGCCCAUCAAGAUAACUGAUGAGCUGAUCAGCGAUAUCUUCUGGGAGUUCGACAAGCAGCCCAUCCUCAACGAAGAGAACUUCGAGUUCCUCUACGACAGCGGCGUUUACAUCAUUCACAUCCCCCACGUAUAUAUGAAGCGUACAUGCAAGUUGGGCGGCGACUAUGCGGCCUAUCCCUGCAAGAUGAUCGAAAGCAUCAUCGGACCUGCCUUAUGGGACAGAUACGGCCAUACAUUCAAACUGCGCUUUCCAAACUGCUCACAUCAAGUAUCUGGUCCCAUGGGCACUGAAAUCUGUUGUAAGUGUCAUAUGAAUGAUUCAGUUCAUUGGAGGAUACGCGUAAUACCGGACGAUCAGCCUAUAUGGUAUAACAACGACUGCACGUGCGGCGCUAAUUGCAGUUGUCGUUGCCAUACCAAGACUCCAGAGAGCGUCUUCACCGUAACAUACAAUUGCGUUUUUUGGUGUGUUCCCUGUGCCACAAGAUGUAUCUAUACCCAGUACGAAUCUGACUGUUGGACUCAUUACAAUUUUUCCACGGAUCGGGGCUUUAGAUCAGAAAGUGUCGCCGAUAGUAACGGUUUUAGUUCUGCAUAUAUAAUACCCGCAGGUAAAAAAAUCAUACGUUAUGAGAGCGAAAACAAGAACUACCCAUAUAACUCGCGCGAGUGCUGUGACUUCUGCAAGGUGAUGAAGAAUUACUUUUACGAAACCGAGGGCUACAAGCUGCACCGCACCAACACAGAGGUCUACAUCUUCUUCUCCCGCGGCGAGAACUCGACAAUCUUCGAGAAAUGCAACGACCUCUUCAAUGGCUAUGUGUCCCAGAAGAUCCACGACCUUCUUUCAGACUGGGACGCUGGCAACAAUAAGAUCAUGAAUCGACUCAGCAUCGACUGUAAGUGCGAUGUGAAGCGGCCGCGCUGCACGGACGUCUUCCGAGGCCUGGGAGAGGUCCAUGCUGAUACCGUUGGUUUCCUAAAAGGCCAUGCCCAGAAGGUCAAAUGGAUAUACCUCCCCGACUACGAUUCAAAUCUCGGCUUGCCUUGGUGGUAUGACGACCCGCACGACUACCAAUCGAUCUCGAAGGUCUGCGCAUUCGAGGGCUUCCUCGAGCGCAACAUCCCCGAGCACGUCAUCCGCUUCUACUCUUACCGCAGACUCACAGACAAGAAGUGGUUCGGGAACCUCUACAAGCAGAUCUGCGAUGCGAUACUCUUGGAUUACCCAGACAUGCCUGCGGGCAUUGGGGCUGCUGCGCAGAAGUGGAAGGACUUCAACGCAUGGAAAGGCAUUGAUAAGAUGCUCAGCGACGUCGUUCCGGUUAAACAGAUAUAUCCCGAACAGGUUUAUCCUGAGACGCGGCUCUUCACUAGCAAGCCGGCCAACUGGAACCAGCUGAAGCAGCGCGGCGCGAGUUGGACCGGCGAAGUAGAGCCAGAGCUCGCGUCCUUCAAGCGCUACCUCGACCUCCUCAACAAGUACUACCCGGGCUGGUGGGAGUUCCGGGAGACGCAGGAGCUCGGCUGGUGGGACAAUUUCUGGACCCAGAUACCCGACCUCAGGGACCUUGAGCGGACCUCCAUCUUCUACUACGAGGACCUCACCAUUGACGAGACCCACUAUGAGAUAUACGGCGAACCUCCUUGGUGGCGCAGUUUCUGGGGGCCGACGAUACGAGACAAGGCGCCCGACCCGGAGAGGCCGCGCACAUACGAGGAAACAGUUGAAGUGGCAAGUCGAUAUUAG